AUGCAAAAAACACAAAAAUCGUUUGAUUUCACCUCUCCUCCGCCAUCGAAUCCAUCGAAACCACCAAUGAUGCAAUUUGGUUCGAAUACUACGCAAAGUUGGAGAGCUGCUGGAAGGUCGCUUGCUCUCCUUGAUUAUCCGACUUGUGCAUUGGACCUGAUGGACGAACCACUGCGUCCGUGUCUUUUAAAGAAUUUCUUUACAGAGUGCGCGAACAUAUCUUUCUCUGCAUGCCUAUUGGUGUUUUCGAAUCUCUUGCCGAGACCGAUCCACCGUAGCGAUGACAGAAGAGGUCGGGGGAGCCCGAGACGGGCACAGAGGGAGCCCCCGGAGGGACGCAGUUCGAGAGAUGUGGCAUUUCGAAAGAGAUCAAUGAUAUGCAAAUGGGGAGCGUGUCGAAAAGCGGUCAAAACAAAAGAGAGGCUAAUAGCGCAUGUUAAAACAGUUCAUUUCGACCCGUUGGCUCAAUUUAAGCCUCGCCCGGAUAGUUACAAUUGUGAGUGGAGGAGUUGUCGUGGAAAGCGGUCCUUCCAAGUUCCCUACCGGUGUAAAGAUUGUAAUCAGGAGUUCAGGAGUACUAAUGAUCGAGCUAAACACAUGAAAGGAGUACAUAGAAAGGAGAAGCGCCAGUGCGGAUAUCAAGGAUGCAAGAAGGCUUAUUCCGCCAUGUCAAGUCUUCGGAAACACGUAGAAAAGGUGCAUGGUACAGAGGUGUGGGAAAUAUUCAAGAAGAAGGAUUGUGGCUCAAAAGAUCGAGAAAGCAGCCACGGCCCUGACUCUGGAGGACAUUUACCGGAAAAUCCGGGCUUGACGGAGACGGUUGAAAUGUACGAUCCAAGCUAUGAGCUUAAUCGAGAAGGGGAGUCGAAUGUGGCAAAUGCAAAUGAGGGGCCGAUCAACGGGCCUGAGCUCAGCGGAUAUCUCACUGCCGAUGUCGAAAAGGAAGGAAAGUUAGACGUCCAUCAAUUCGUCAAUGGGAUGAGUGAAGAGGCAAAGAUACAACUUCAAAAAGUAUCGGCUCUCCUCACCCAACCAAAUCUCUCCGAUGAGACUCUUCUCGAGAAAAUCGCUCAAUUCUAUGUCAAAAUCCCGAUCGAGAUUCGAAAAGAAUUUGAAAAAAAUUGGCACAAUUUGGUCGAAGAUAAAAGA